GGUUCAACAACAUGUUUAAAAUUGAGCGGGCUUGGCAUAUAUAUAUAGUUAUAUCUUCAUUAUGGCUAUUGUCAAGGCUCUUACCAGUCAUCGUGAUCAUGUACACUCGUCUCAGGGGCGCUGCUCGCCAGGAACAGGAAAAGCAACAGGGCAAAGCGAGCUAUUCAGCGCCCCCUUCCAAAUCGGGAGCAAAGCCAUGUGGCAUUCGAGGCCAGCUGAUCCUUGCAACCAUACGAUGAUUUUCGAGAGGAAUCGCAUUCCGUAUGAGAUUUAACGGCCGAGGGCAACCAUAUGAGAGAAACAAGAUAAUUUUGAUUAGGGGACUGCAAAUUCCAUGCGUCGAUGGUAGGUAACGGAGAAACUCGAAGGCGUUUACUAUCCUAGGAUAGGAUUAAGCUCGAGAGUGGCGCUGCCGCUAAAUCGUCCAGGUGGUGCUAUGUGGGUAACUAUCGCCCACGAAGCUGAAGGCUUCUUAGUCGAAUUGAUCGUUUAUUUUCUCUUAUGCUCCUAACAAUUCCCUAGAAAUCCUUGGAUCGGUUAUUCCGUAGUAUGUUCGUCAUGUACAAACUUAGACUAGGUCUUUUUGUGCGUUCUACCCCAGACUUCUGUUGAUGCUGAAAUAAGUCCCUACCUACAUUAGAUAAUUAAGCGAGUAAAGUCCCUGGCAGCUUGGGUAGGUACCUAGGUAGGUACUAGAUAGCGCAGUG